UCCUUCCGGUCUGCUCUGGAGCUUCCGGUGCCGUAAAAGCACCUCCGGGACACAGCAGAGUUCGCAGUUGGGCGUCUUCCUGACUGGCUUUGGCAAGCGGCGCCCGAGAAAGGACCCAUCGGAGCACGAGAGCCCACCGGCAGAUCGAUCUGCUACCCAGAAUGCCCCGCGCGGUGCCCUCGCGCCCCCCUCCUGCCUCGCACAAAGCGGGAAUGCAGAGACCCCGAGGAAAGCGCAGCGCCCCGAGCUGUGUUAGGAGGGAGAAGAGCUGGGAAGUGGGGACGCCGGAGGCCCCGGCAGCCUUUUCCGUCUUCCCGAUAGCCAGGAGACCGGAGCGCCCAAAAGAGGCUGUAACAUUCAAGGAAGUGGCUGUGGACUUCACUGGGGAGGAGUGGUGCCUCUUGUCCCCUCCCCAGAAGGAGCUGUACAAGGAGGUGAUGCUGGAGAAUGCCCAGAACCUGCUCUCUGUGGGGCUUCCAGGUCCCCCAGAAGACGUGAUCUCUUCUUUAGAGCAGAGGGAAGCCCCGUGGAUACUGGAGCAGGAAGGCCUGAGGAGCUGCUGCCCAGAAGGUGAGAUCAGACCUGAAAUGAAGGAGAAUCCAACCGAAAUGAACUCUUCUAUGGAAGAAAUAGACCUACAUAGAUUCAUGAGUGAUGGUAGCAAUGAGUUCGCUUUCAGAGAAUUCUGUGAUAUACCUCAAAAUUCAUCCCAUAUUGAACAUCAAAGAAUGCAUACUGAGGAAAAAUCUAGUGAAAUUAAUGAGUGUCCAAAGACUUUUAUACACAGGACCAGACUUGGUAGACGUCAGAGAAUCCACACUAAAGAUAGACUUUAUGAAUGUAAACCAGGUAGAAAGACAUACAGGGAAAGUUCCAGUCUUGCUGUAAAUCAGAGAGUCCACAGUAGUGAGAAACCUUAUAAAUGCAAGCAGUGUGGAAAGACAUUCAGUCAGCAGUCCAGUGUUGCUGUACAUCAGAGAAUUCACACUGGAGAGAGACCUUAUGAAUGCAAGCAGUGUGGAAAGACAUUCAGUUAUCGCUCAGGCCAUGCUGAACAUCAGAGAAUCCACACUGGUGAGAAGCCUUAUGAAUGUAAAGUGUGUGGGAAAGUAUUCAGAUAUAGCUCCGCUUUUGCUGCACAUCAGAGAAUCCAUACUGGGCAGAUGCCUUAUAAAUGCAAUCAGUGUGGAAAGACAUUUAGAUAUAGGAAUGUUUUUGCCAAACAUCAGCGAAUCCACACAGGGGAGAAACCUUAUGAAUGCAGACAAUGUGGAAAGACAUUCACAAGUAAUUCCCAGCUUGCUGUACAUCACAGAAUUCACACUGGUGAGAAACCUUAUGAUUGCAAACAGUGUGGAAAGGCAUUCAUCCGUAGAGACCAGCUUGCUGUACAUCUGAGAAUUCACACUGGGGAGAAACCUCAUGAAUGCAAGCAAUGUGAAAAGACAUUCAAUAGGAAAUCGAGUCUUGCUGAACAUCAGAAAACCCACACUGGAGAGAAACCUUAUGAAUGCAAGCAGUGUGGAAAGACAUUCAGCCACAGCUCCUCUCUUGCUGCACAUCAGAGAAUCCACACUGGGGAGAAGCCUUAUGAUUGCAAGCAGUGCGGAAAGACAUUUAGUCAGAGAUCCCAUUUUGCAGCACACCAGAGAAUUCACACUGGGGAGAAACCUUAUGAUUGCAAACAGUGUGGAAAGACAUUCAGUCAAAGCUCCACUCUUUCUGUACAUCAGAGGAUCCACACUGGGGAGAAACCUUACAAAUGCAAGCAGUGUGGAAAGACAUUCACAAAUAACUCUAAUCUCGCUGUACAUCAGAGAACUCACACUGGUGAGAAACCUUAUGAAUGCAAAUAUUGUGAAAUGACAUUCAGUGAGAGCUCCUCUCUUGCUGUACAUCAGAGAAUCCACACUGGGGAGAAACCUUAUGAUUGCAAACAGUGUGGAAAGACAUUCAGUCAGAGCUCCUCUCUUGCUGCACAUCAGAGAAUCCACACUGGUGAGAAACCUUAUGAAUGCAAGCAGUGUGGAAAAGCAUUCAGUCAGGGCUCUGCUCUUGCUGUACAUCAGAGAAUUCACACUGGAGAGAAACCUUAUGAAUGCAAGCAGUGUGGAAAGACAUUUGGUCAUAGCUCCACUCUUUCUGUACAUCAGAGAAGACAUACUGCAGAGAAGCCUUAAGAAUGCAAGUAAACCAAUUUAAUUCUUAAAAUGUGGGACAAAGGGAAAAUUUUAGAAACAAUGAUUUAAAUAAAUUGAUAAUGUGGAGACAGCAUCUCAAAUUUCCUGUCAAAGCAGCAUUUAGAGAAAAUUUUCUACUCUUCAUACCAAUGUGAAAGAGAAAAGGGGAAUCAGUGAAUUGGACAUGCAGCUUAAAAAGACUGGACAAAGAACAAAUUUGCAAUGUCCAAGACUAAAUUUGAAAUCCUAAAAAGUAAAAGAAAAAUUAACACAGUUAAAAUAAGAGAACUAUUGAACUAAUAAAUAAGACAAGGGUUUGGUUUUGUGAGGGGCAAUAAAAAAUAGAAUAUUGGUUAAUUUCAUUAUUCAAAAAGAAGGGAAUAUCUAGUUACCUGUAUCAGAAAUGAAAAGGGUAACUAUAUCUCCAAUGAAAAGAAAAUUAAAGCAAUCUUUAGGAAAUAUUUGCCGAACAGAUGACAAUAUAUCUGAAAAUCCAAGUUAAAUGGAUGAAUAUUUUUAAAAAUGUAAACUUCCCAAAUUAAAGAGGAAAUAGAAUGCUUAAAUUAACCUGUCUCAGACAAAAGCAAUUGAAUAGGCCAUCAAUGAACUCCCUAAGAAAAAUUCUCUUGGUCCAGGUGGAUUCACUAUCAAACAUUUAAAGAACAACUAGUCUCAAUACUAUAUAAACUCUUUAUUAAUGAAAGCAUAGGAGUCCUGCAGAAUCCUUUUUAUGACAUUAAUAUGAUAUUGAUAUCUAAGGUAGGAAGACCAAAUUCAGAAAGAAAAUUAUAGACGAGUUUCCUUAAUGGCCAUCAUUGAAACCUUAAGUAAUAAAUAUUAGCAAAGAAACUUCAGCAAUCAGUGACAAAGAUUAUUCACUAUGACCAGGUGGGAUUCAUAAUGAGAAUGCUAGACUGGUUUCAUAUUAGGAAAAUUAUCAGCAUAAUUGAUCGUGUCAAUAAUAAAACUGUGAAGAUAGGAUUGACUGUGCCCUUGUCUAUAUUUAGCUAAACAAAUCAAGAAAUUAAAGUACCCCUACUUGACACCAAGAGUUCUGAAGUCACUCCCUAGAGUAAGCUCACAUGUCCAAAGGUCAUUGACCCUUUUCGGUAGUGCUAGACUAAUUGAAAUUGUGAUUGGUUCCUGUAAAGAGGGGGAAGAACAGGAAAUGAUUUCCAGAAAACUGCUUUAGAAGUCCAGCUCAAGGAUUCAGUCAGGCUCUGUAUUGGUGAGCUGGACCAGAGGAGACUCAUUCUCUGAAUCCUGUGUUGGCAUGUGGUGAGUCCAGUGAUUCCUUCCUUCCUUGGUUCUUCAGUGAGACCUCUGCUCAUUGGAGCUUUGGUGUGACAAUCCCUUCCACAUGAGUUCUGGUGAGAUUCUGGGUGGUCCUCACAGCCUUAUGUGCUGUGGAUUAUUCAGUAUCGCCUGUUUUUUUAGGUUUUUUUUUUUUUUCAGAUUUCAGCUUCCUAAUUAGGACUUUGGAUUUUGGUUACAAUUUGAUUUUGGGAUUCACAUUUGUGGUCUAGAGGCAUUAGGAUUAGACUUAAGGUAUUUAGCUAGGCAGUAUUUUCUGUGUCCUUAUCUAUGUUUUCUUCCAUCCUAGCUUUCUACCUUUCACUCUUUCUGCCUCUUUGUAAAUAAGGCUGCUAAAGGUCAUUUUGACUUAAGCUGUAAUAUUUUUAAAUCAGUGGCCACAAUGUUACCUUAGGAUUCUCAUACAUAGCAUAAAACCUCAGUUUAAAUUUUUACAAAACUAAAUCACAUGAUUACUUCAGUAGAUGCAGGAAAAGCCUUUGUCAAAUCACAACCCCCAUUCCUAAUAAAACCACUAUCAAUGGGGGUAGAGAGAGGCUCAGUGGAUUGACAACCAGGCCCAGAAAUGGGAGGUCGAGUUUAAAUCUGAUCUCAGACACUUUGGACCUAGGGCAAGUCACUUAACCCUUAUUGCCUAUCCUUUACCACUCUUCUUCCAGAGUCAAUACACAAUACUGAUUCUUAGAAGGUGAGUGUUUAAAAAACAAGCAAGUAGAGAAAUAAAUGGCCCUUUAUUUCUGUUAACAUGUAUCUAUUUAAAACCUUUGGUGAGUAUCAUCUGCAAUGGGGACAAGUUAGAAGCCUUCCUAAUAAAGAAUGAAGCAAUGCUGCACAUUCUCACUUAUCAAUAGAAAUUAGCUUUAACAAUAAAAGUAGAGAAAGAAAUUGAGGAAGUUAAAGUAGACAUGGACAAUAGUAAAUGAUCAAUCUUUGAGGAUGAUAUGAUGGUAUACUUUGAGAAUCCUAGAGAAUCAACUAAAACAACUAAUCUCUAAUAUUAGAAAAUAAACUAAAACUCUCAUUGAAAGAAUUAAUAAUUUUAGCAAAGUUGCAGGAUACGAAAUAACCCCAUAUGAAUCAUCAGCAUUUCCAUAUAUUCCCGAGAAGCCUAGCAACAAGAUUUUGAUAAAAGAAAUUUCAUUCAAAAUCACUCCAGACAAUACAGAACACCUGGGAGUUGACUUGUCACAACAGACGGAUUGUAUGAACACAAUUACAAAACACUUCACACAAAGUUAGAUCUAAACAUUUGGGGAAAAUAUUAAUAUAAUAAAAAUGAUGAAUCUACCUCAGUUUAUUUUAUGCCACAUCAAUUGAACUACCAAAAAAUUAUUUUGUAUAACUAAAAAUAAUGAUAAGAAAAUUUACCUGAAAGACCAAGAGAUCAAAAACAUCCAUGGAAUUAGUGAAAAAAAUGUGAAGGAUGAUGCCAUAGCAGUACCAGAACUUAAACUAUACUAUCAAACAGUAAA